AACUGAGUAAAACGCUCUGUACGUUCAUACGCAACAAAUGUCUGCACCCAUUUUACACGCGCACUGUCCCAAUCCCUCUGUGGGCACGUUGAACAACUUGCUGGGCUCCCUGUUACAAACGCUCAUCACAGCACAAUGUGCAAUAUCUGCAAAGCAGAACUGGCCCGAGGACUAUGGCGAUUUGGCGCUGGAAAAGGGCUUGGAGACGUACGACUUUGUUGUGGUUGGCGCUGGGUCGGCAGGUUCAGUUGUUGCUAGUCGUUUGAGUGAGAACCGCAACUGGAAGGUGCUCGUGUUGGAGGCCGGCGGUGAUCCUCCACAGGAGUCUGAUAUUCCCAGUUUAUACUCAUACGCAAUGUUGACGAAUAACACCUGGAACUACUACACUGAGCCACAGACAUCCGCCUGCUAUGCGGCGCGUGAUCGCUCAUGCUACUGGCCUCGCGGUAAAAUGAUUGGCGGCACGGGCGGUAUAAAUGGUAUGCUUUUUGUGCGUGGAAAUCGACGCGACUUCGAUAGCUGGCUUGCGAAAGGUAAUGUAGGCUGGGGUUGGAAUGAUGUGCUGCCCUAUUUCCAAAAAGCUGUAACGCCGGUCGGAAAUAGCACCAAUCCAAUGGGACAUGUCGUACUUAACGACUUCAAUUUCUACUAUGAUGAUAUAUUGAAUUUGGUUUGUAACGCCUCGGCGGUGCUGGGCGUACCGCGCGUCCAGCGGAUCGGCGAUGAUGGCGCUGCUAUUGGUUGUACACGCGUGCCUGGCACGGUGGAAAAUGGCAAACGUAUGAGCACAGCCAAAACAUACUUGGGACGUGCCCGUCAGCGCCCCAACUUGCAUGUUAUAAAGAACGCACAUGUCACAAAGAUCAACUUCGAUACUAGUGGGCGACGCGCUGUGUCGGUGUCAUUCGUAUUACGAGAUAGAUACAAAAUGUCGGCGAGAAUUCAGCGUGAGCUAGUGGUUUCAGCGGGCACAAUCGAGUCUCCUAAGCUACUAAUGCUGUCGGGAGUAGGACCGAGGGAGCAUCUGAAUAGUUUGCAAAUACCAGUGCUGCAUGAUUUACCUGUUGGCAACAACCUGCAGGAUCAUCUAAUGACCUUGCUGUAUUUUAAGUUGCAGGCGCGUCCGAAGGAGCGCAAUGGGCAAGCUAAAAUCAUGGAAAACAUGUUUAACUAUCUGAUGUAUGGCAAAGGCCCGCUCUCUAGUCAUUCCACCACUUCAGUAGUGAGUUUCGUCAAUACAGUGCCAAAUAGUAACGUAACGUACCCUACCACGGAAUUCCACAAUAUCUUCUUUCACUACAGCGACAUUGAUGCUGUGAAGCUUUCCACAGAUAUCUCCGCUAUGCAACCACAGUACGCUAAUUAUUUAAGCAACAUUAUAAACCAAACUGAUAUGAUGAAUAUAUUCAAUGUACUCUCGCAUCCAAAAUCGACAGGACUGGUGCGCCUAAGUAGUAGGAACUAUAAGGACAAUCCGCGCAUUAUACCCAACUACCUUGAUGAUCCCGAGGAUUUGGAGAGUAUGUUGCGCGGAGUGCGUUUCCAGGAACGUCUUGUGCGUACUCAUGCCUACCGCGCUGUAAAUGCCACUAUUCUGCGUAUACCUAUAAAGGAAUGUGAUAAAUGGGUAUAUAGAAGUGAUGCCUAUUGGCGCUGCUACAUUAAAUACUUCUCCACAACGUCAUUCCACGUAACAGGCACUGUGAAAAUGGGCCCAUCUGGCGAUUCCACUGCGUGUGUUAGUCCUCGGCUACGACUGCGUGGCGCUUGGAAUGUGCGCGUCGCUGAUGCAAGCAUUAUGCCUGACGUGGUGAGCGCGAAUACGAAUGCAGCGACCAUUAUGAUUGCGGAACGCGCCGCGGACUUCAUAAAGGACGACUGGACGCCAUUGGACGCAAAGGGAUAAUAACGCUGGGCGGGUGGUUCUGUAUUUUCUAUGUUAGAGCCGGAGCCCAGUAAGAUAUAUGUAUAUGUAGAUUUGUAAUAGAAAUAGAAUCGCGGCUCCCUCAUUUGAUCACUUUUUUCCUAAUGUUAUCGUAUUCUAAUUAUUGCGGAUUAAUAAACGAUUUAUUUGCAAUUUUUUUUUUGUCCUUUGUGUCAAUGGCGAACCACAAGAAACUAUUUAUUUCGUUUUGACCUCUUUCUUUUUGCAUAUACAGAAUCCUUUCACUCUUACUUGAGCCCUUAUUUGAACAUGUUCCGCUGCUUUCCUGAUGACCGCAGGGCCUGGGUUCAAGCCCGGUGCAAACCAACAUCAAACAAGUAAAUAAGUAUAAGCUCGGGCGAAGCCAAACUUUAUAUACCCAGCGCAGGUAUCAAAUAUCGUCGUUUCAACUUUCUCUAAACUACCCUUGCAUGAUAAGUAGGGGUG